UCUUAAAUACCCGAGCUCAGGUAAAUUUCGGUAUUUAUUUCGAACUCUCCCAGUCACCGAUUCAGUAUCCAGUGAGACGAACUCGAGUUCAAGAAGUGCCUGUCACGAAAAGUGCAUGUGUCAUUAACGUUUUCCCUAAGCACGAUCAAGAGCUUUUGGUGCUUCAUCAUGAGCUUGCGGGAUGUUUGUAUGUUUCUCUGCGUGGUGCUCGGUGUCCAGGCACUGCCAUUGCCUCACAGAAAAUUCGAUCCACCGAAUAGCAGCCAGGAAGACAAGGAUUUUUACAGAAUGCUCUUUUCCUUUUACAAUCCACUUCGCGAACCAAUUCCAGGAUCUCCACAGGUGCCUUACGAUCUCCAAAGCCCGACGAACGUACAACAGAAUCCUUCACGAUUGGUUAUUGAUCUUGGCCAAGAUACGAGAAAAUUUCACCAAAAACCUAUUCCAAAAUUCAAGCCAGUCAUAGAUCGAUUCGGGAACCCAAUUUGGCUACACAAAAAAGGUGUACUGAGCGACCGUACGUUCAAACUUAUUGCUAGUGCUGCAAAGGAAAGACUGAAGCAGACUUUUCUGCGACAGCAGGACUUGAUAGAUAAAAUGCAUAGUUUCGAAUGGCGGGAUAAAUUUGGACAAAUACCUUUUGACACCAUGAACGAAGAUCAUGUCAUCGUCAAGAGGCCUGGGGCACAUUUUGACGUCAUUUUUCCGCCGAAUACCGAGGUGCAAUCAAAUUCUUCAUCGGUAGAUCCAGUCAUAGGACAUCAGGGUAUAUCUGGACUUCACCAGGUAUCGGAAAUUCUCACGACGUUUCCGGUUACUCGGCCAGCGACUGCGGAUAUUCCGGAAGUGGAUCAGGCUGUAGAGAUUAUUGAUUCUUUCGAGAAUUAUGGAGUUACAAAACCUCGGCUACCUUUCUAUGAUUCUGUUUCAAUUGAGGUACCAGCCUCAACAAUGACACCAACGGAAUCCAUCCUCGAGAAUAUAAUUUUUGAUGCAACUAUGACAGAAUCGCCAUUUACGGAAUCUAGCGGUGCUACCGUAGAAAGUGAAACGAUUUUUGAAACUGUGGGUUUGUCUGGAAUCGGUGACGAAGAAACGGUUGACGCUGAAGCAGCUACUCACCAUGUCGAAAUUUUAUCUUCUACUGCCCCGAGUAAAACGACACUGAAGACGGAAGUGACUUGGUUAGAGCCAUUGCAGGACUCCCAGACAACUGUGGAAUCUGAAAUCCAGCCUGCAUCUGUAGCAAGUUCGGUAAUCGACGUGGAAUCAAUAGCUAAAGAAAGUUUUCCAAUUCCUUCGUCUAUGAUCAUAGAUCCGACCCCUAGCAUCGCAGCUGAAGAAUUUACGAGCUCGAUUCUCGGUACAGAAACAACUUCUCAAGUACCUUCGACCACCGAACCGAAUUCCUUGAUAGAUACUGUCUUGGUGACAGAAGAAACGAUUUUCGAAUCACCAGUAUUAGAAACUACUGUUGAAGAACAUGGAAUAGGUGUUGCGAUUAUAAAUGCAAAUGUGACAUAUCAGGAAGUGGACCUGAAAUCAACCGAGGCAACUGCGAUUUGGCUGAAUGUAUCCGAAAUUGUUGAUGGUUCGAUAAACGAUUCGCAAUUAACAAUAGGCGUCGAUUCGACAUUUUUAGCUUCUACACUUCCAAGCAAGACGACGUCCGAUUUGGAGGAAAUAUAUUCAACGGAUGAAAAACUCUUUGAUAUUACACCGAUUAAGGUGGAAAUAACCGACGAAACUACUUCGAGGUUCUCUUCUGUUCCGCCGAUUGAACCGUUCACACCUUUGGAUGAUGUGACUAUAGAUGUAGUGACAUCCUUUGACAGUUCUAGAAACGACGCAGAAACUAGUACAAACGUCGUUUGGAUGUAUCCAGCUUUUAUAUUUUCGACAGAGGUAUCUUUUAAUUUAAAUGACACCGUUUAUGGCUUGAACUCAUCCUUGGAGACAUCGAUAGAAGACGCAGAAAUAACUGCAGACAUCACCUCAUCAUCAUCAAAUGGAGUUCCAACUGAAACAGGCAUCAACUGGAAUAAAAAACCAUCGAUGAUAGAUACGGUUUUCCACACCUCAAUAACCGAAGGCGAAGACAUUAUGGAAACUGUUUCAAUGUUGCCUGAGACACCUGAACCUUUCGUUGAAACAUUUUCAACUUCUGGUACACUUCUUGAUACUUCGACGAAUGAUAUUGAAACGACUACAAUCGCUCAUUGGACAUUCGUACUUUCCACAUUUUCCACCGAGGUAACAACAGAUUUGAGCGACAUGUCUUUAACUACAGUAACACCCUAUCAGAGUUUGGAAACUGAAGUAGAUACAACUACAGAGAUGGUUUCAGCGAUACCUUCAACUAUUCUAACAGCGACAACUACUAUUCUGGAAGAAACAAAUGAAAAUGAGGUGCGUUUGAGUGAUUUGAAGUAUGACUUAGAAGCAAUCACAAAUAUUAUAUCAACGACCCCGACUCCAACUCGACCAACCGAGAAAAUCGUCGAUUCGAAUGAAAUAUCUUUAAAUGCUGAUGUGUCCGUCCAAACUAUAACAAGUAGAGCAAAAGUGAUCGUGGAAACUGUUACGAAAUCCCCGACUUCUACCGUUCAACCAGCAUCAACCGUGACUUAUGAUAAAAAUUUUGUAAUUACGAAUGCGCCAUUCGAAACUUUAAGCACCAGCGAAAAGACAUCUACAGUAGAAGUUGUUUCGAUAUAUCAGCCUGCAAUGUUGACGGAGACGACUACAAUUUUGGACGGUACAUUCACCCUCGCCGGGGAAUCAGUCAACAGUUCAACAAAUGACGCAAAAAUAAUUAUGGAUGCUCCAGCUGAGAAAGAUACAACUUUGAAUGUAUUAUCAACUAUAGGUCUAGCCUACCCGUCAUCUAUUGAAGAGAGUUGGACAAUCUCAUCUGUGAUAUCCGAGCAACCAAUGAUUGUGGACGAGAUACUCUCAAACACUGAUUCAGCCAGCAUCAGGUCGACUGGUAAUCAAGAAUGGACCACGGAAAUUGUGUUAACUUCAGUUGCUGACAUUCGUGAGGAAUUGACUAAAGAAAUAAUCUCAAUGUUACCUACCCAUAGCGUAGUCGACGUUGAACUCGAACAGGAUCAUUUAGAAACUCAAGAUGCCAGCAGUUACGCACCUGCGUCUAUUGAAACGAAUACGGAAAUCAUCUUCACAUCAUCCGCUAAUAUUUUACCUGAGACGGACGAUUCAAUUAACUCUGAAGCCAACAACGAAUUUGAAAAGGGCGAUGAAUAUCCUGUAGGGAGGCAAGACAAUAGAAACUAUGUAACUGAAGAUAUUUAUACAGACUCCACGAUCGGUUCAACAAGUUAUGAAAAUACGGUGACGGAAGUAAUUUCUACCGAUACUCUAUUGGAGACAAAUGAUGCCUCCACCCCAGAAAAAGAUCUUGAACACGAACAGGAUUCCAGGUAUCUUUCGACGAAUGAAGAAAAUAACGGCUAUGCAACAGCAACUACCCUCGGUUUGACAAGUUAUGGAGAAGCUUCAACUGCAACGAUUUUAACGACUCCUACCGAUAUUGCACUCGAGACAACUAAGGUACUUCUUUCUGACAGUGAUACUAACGUUGAAGAAGGCUCUGGACCACUGAUGGAGAACCAAGCUGAAAGAGCAGACUAUGCAACUGCAUCUUCUGAUUAUGAAGAAACAACCACGGAAAUCGUCCUCGCACUACCUGCUGAUAUUUUAACCGAAACGGACGAUUCACUCAACUCUGCAGCUGACGACGAAGUUGAAAAGGGUGACGAAUAUCCUGUAGGGAGGCAAGAUAAUAGAGACUAUGCAACUGAAAAUACUGAUACAGUCUCCACGAUCGGUUCAACAAGUUACGAAAAUACGGUGACGGAAAUCAUGUUGACUGAUACUUCGUCCGAGAUAGAUGAUAGGUCCAAUCGUGAAAAGGAUCUUGAACACGAACAGGAUUCCAGAUAUCUUUCGACGAAUGAAGAAAAUAAUGGCUAUACAACAGCAACUACGGAUGUAACCCCCAUUGAUUUGACAAGUUAUGGAGAAGCUUGGACUGCCACCGUUUCAGCUGAUUUUCUACUCGAGACACCGCGGGUACUUGUUUCUGAGGAUGAUACUAAAGUUGAAGAAGACUUGGGACAACUAGUGGAGAACCACGACGAAAGCUACCAUGCAACUACAUUUCCUGAGUAUAAAAGAACAAUCUCGGAAGUCGGUUCGGCAGUAACAAUAGACGAUGUGCCUACUUCUGUGGGCGAUGCGGAAGUUGAACCGAGAUUCGAACACCUUGUACAGGGCAAAGAUAACAGUGACUAUUCGGAAUACGAAACAGGUCCUGAUUUGGGUUUAGAAUCGCCACGAUCUGUGUAUAACAGUAUUGUUACCCUUGACCAGAAGCCUUUGCUUAGCUUGAUACCGCUUGUAAUCGAGGAAUUACGAGAAAAUAACUUGAACACGAAUGCAAAGAAGAAAUUGAGUGAAAUUUUUGGAGAUCUCUGGCCACUUAUGGUGGAUGAGGCAAAUCGCAGUGCGUGGGAGUUCAUGAAUCAUCAGUUGGCGACGAUUCUUUUCGAAGCUGACCAACAUGUGACAGUUGAUGCAGGAUCUCAGCAGCACAUUGGUAUAAAUUCCUUUAUCAAUACUGCAAAAAAAAAGUACGAACGAUCUUCAGGUAGUCGAAUAAAUCAAGAACAAGCUAAACAGCUUCAUAAUCUCCAUGAUCUCGAGCGUGAGGACAUGAAUCCGUUUCUCCAAGUCCAACAUCAAUGGCCGAGACGCGCCAAAAAGGAUGCUGCAAUGGAUCCAGAACUGAAGUCAGAAGUGUCACCACAGACCGGUUACAUGGAAUCAGAUCCUGUCAUUGACGCUGAUGAUCAGAAGUUUUCAGUCAAUGUUACAGACAAAAGUUCUAGUAUCAGAGAGGUGCCCAAAGUUUAGUUAACACUCAAGAGCCUGAAACCAAGGUGUGCAGAGUUCGUACGUAGAAGAAUCGGAGCCCAUUACACUAUUGCUACAGCUCACAAAUUUAUCUUUGACGCACGAAAUGUAUUUUCGUAAGAAUGUAAAAACUUUUUUGACAACGUGAGUUGAAGGCUUGGGAAUUUUUCAUGAAACGUAGGUUGUGGUGAAAAACUUUAAACGUCAUACGUGUGUAGAGAAAAAAUGUCAUACGAUACGCAAACGCUUAGAGAAUAUCACUGCUCAGAUUGUACAAGUACUGUAAAACGGUGAUUAAUUUUUUCCAGUUCUAUUGCUCCACCCGCCUUUUUUUCAAUCCUCCGAAUUUCAAUCUUUAUUCAUUGCAAGCGAUACGCGUAGAUUCAACACGAGCGGCAUGAAUUGUUUGCUCACUACCUUAUAGAGAGUUCAAUAUCAAACAUAUUGGUAAUGUAAACAUUAUGUAAAAAUACAUGUAUCAUGAAUAACAACUAACUUUGCCACCGUCCAUUAUUACACCUCUGUAUAA